AAAAGUGACCUCGUCCACAUCAAAAUGGCGGCGCCCAUGCGACAUUUUCGGUGACUCCUUUCGCAGACGUUGGUGGUAACAAAAGGACAACACCAAGUCUUCUGAUUGUGCAAUGCUUGCUGGGGUAUUUCGUAGUAUUGCAUCAGGUUUAAAACAUACAAGAAUCCGGCCACAAACACUACAACAUUACCUAGCACUACAGAGUCUUCAUACUAACAGAACCAUGAAGCUCGAUAAACCAGAAUUCAAAAACCUCUUCACCCCCGAGCUAAAUCGUCUGUCGGAGCUCUUUGCUAAGUACGAGUACGAGUUACGUAUCGCUGGCGGGGCUGUACGCGAUAUCCUCAUGGGGAAACAACCCCAAGAUCUGGACUUCGCGACGACAGCAACGCCAGAGGAGAUGAAGGUAAUGUUUGAGAAGGAGGGCGUACGCAUGCUGAACACGAGAGGCGAGGAACACGGUACGAUCACCGCGCGGAUAAACAACAAGGAGAAUUUUGAGGUGACGACGUUGAGAGUUGACGUGGUGACGGACGGACGGCAUGCGGAGGUGGAGUUCACCACGGACUGGAAAAUCGACGCUGAGAGACGAGAUCUCACCAUCAACUCCAUGUUCUUAGGAUUGGAUGGAACCCUUUAUGACUACUUUGAUGGUUGGACAGACCUACAGAACAGACGGGUGGCUUUUGUAGGAGAUGCUACAAAAAGGAUUCAGGAGGACUACCUCAGGAUCCUACGAUACUUCAGGUUUUAUGGCAGGAUUGCUGAGAUGCCCAAUCAGCACGAAGAUUCCACCCUGGAGGCUAUACGAGAGAACGCAGGGGGACUGGGAGGUAUCUCUGGUGAGCGGAUCUGGACGGAACUGAAGAAGAUUGUAGUGGGUAACCACGCUGCACCCAUCAUGAGAUGUAUGUACAACCUUGGUCUACCAAAGUACAUUGGUCUCCCACUGGAAGGUAACCUGGAUGAGUUUGACCAAGUCUACGCCCGAGCGCGAGACCUCCAGCCCCGCCCCAUGACCAUGGUGGCAGCACUGCUGGAACAGCCUGGUCAGAUGGACGACAUCAUCACCAGACUCAAGAUCUCCAUAGAGGAGAGGAAAACAGGUCUGCUGGUCAUGCAGCUACGGAGGGAGGGGGAGCAGCAAACAGAACAGCUACUCAAGCACUACCAAGGCAUUGUUCUUAAGACCCCAGGGACGGAACAGAAGCAGAUGUCAGACCGAGUGUGCGAGGUUCUGAAGUACCAAGGUGACGCUUCACUCCUCUCAGAGCUCCAGACCUGGACCAUCCCCAGAUUCCCCGUCACAGGGAAACACCUGAUGGAGAAGGGCAUCUUCUUUGGUGCGGAGGUCGGGUGGGUCAAGGACAAGUUGGUCGCUCUGUGGAUCGAAAGCGACUGCUCGCUAACUUUUGAAGAACUGAUGGCCAGAGUUGAUGAUCUUAGGAAAGAGGUUCCAAAAGAGAUCCAAGAAAAAGCAGCGAAGAAAAAGACAAGAUUUGCAAAGAAGAUGAAGACUGACAAAUAAACAUGUAUUGUGUACAUGUCUUAUUUUUUCAACUAUCCCCUUAAAUGAAAUGAAAUUUCCUCUGUCAAGGUUGGGCUAAAAUGUAAGGAGACAAACUUGUGUUCUUGUCAGCUUAUAGCCCGAUGCAUUAUCUUGAAAUCUGUGGUUAAUUUUGUAGUUUUACAUUAUACACUGGUUGUGUAGCUUUUUCUUUUUUGGAAAUUUCUUUGUAGAUAUUACGUACCAACUGUACAUGUUUAUUACAUAUAUGUUGGAAGAAAAAUCUUAGUAUCAGUAGUUACAUGUUUGUUAACACUAAUUGUCCACUUUUAUUACAAGGUGGAUUUUUCUCAAUGAGAUCUUUUUCCAGGAGAGCACAUGACAAGUACACAUAAUACUUUCAGUGGAAUGGAAAGUAAAUCCAAGGCAAACUUACCCUGGUUACCAGUGUAGACUGGGGUUGGUCUGCACUGUAAGCCUCCAUCCCUGCCCGCCAUCUAAGUCUACCCAGGGAUUUUAACCUUACCUUGGUUACUAGUCUAUCCUGGGGGUUGUAUCCAGAACCAUGCUCUGGCACGUAUCUGUAUCUGUAUAGCCGGUAUAUAACCGCCCUUCGGC